AUGUCUUCUACCACUUCCAGUACCCAAAAACCGCACGGUGAACAACACCGUCCGUACAUAUUUAUAAACUCCAACGACCCAAUAAAUCCUAACAAGCUAAUUUCGUCUACAAACGACGGUAACAGCGGUGACCAUGAGUCCUCCGCAAAACCAUUUUUCCAGCUUCCGUUCCCACCAAAAUUUAGUCUCGAGGAUUUGCUGCAAUCGAGGGCUGCAAGCUCUUCUCCAUACAAGAAAUCAUCGUCACAUCAACAAAAAGAAAAUAAUGAAAAGUCAUUAACAUCCUCUCAAUUAGAUGACAAGAUUAAUAAUUCUCCAAAUUCGAUGUCAGAAACGAUUAACGAGAACGUCGAAUCACUUUUACUUUCAGAAUUUUCUUCUUCAACGUCAUCGAUUAAUUGCCCACUUUUGUCUCCAAAUUUUAUAAUUCCCUCAAUAAAUAAAAAUCUUAUAGAAGAUGAAAAAGAACCAAAAGAAUUAAACAACAACAAUUUAAACAUUGA